CGCUAAGCGUGGGCCGGGGUUUGUGACCCGAACACCGACCACCGACCACCGUUAAAUAAGCCGUCCUAGUCGACUCCUACGUGUAUCGUUCCCGACGACUAUCAUUGUCAUUGCACUCAUUUUCUUCUUCAAAAUGAGUGUCUCAAGGCCGUUCAAAGCGACGGACAUGUUUAAAUUCAACCACAUCAACCUUGAUUUGUGGACAGAGACCUAUGGCAUCAACUUUUACCUUCAGUACCUGUCGCGUUGGCCGGACUUGUGUUCCGUAGAAGAGUCCCCAAACGGGCGCAUGAUGGGCUAUAUUUUGGGGAAGGCCGAAGGCCAAGACGCAGAAUGGCAUGGGCACAUCACUGCCCUCACUGUUGCGCCUGAGUACCGCCGGCUCUCGCUCGCCCGCAAAAUGAUUGACUACCUCGAGCGCGUCUCGGACAACAACUACCACGGCUUCUUCGUGGACCUCUACGUCCGGUGCACGAACGACGUCGCCAUAGGCAUGUACGAGGGGCUGGGGUACAGCGUGUACAGGAGGGUGCGGGAGUACUAUGGGAGUCUGGGGCUGGGGCGGAGCGCAAAAGACGAGGAGGAUGCCUUUGAUAUGCGCAAGCCGUUGUCUCGAGACCCAAUGCGGCGCUCCGUGCGACCAAAUGGACGAGAGAUCUCUGUGAGCGCUCAUGACGCUUCAUAGCCUCACCUACGAUAGUACCCUUCCAGGCUUGCGGUAGCCCGUAUUCGUGGUCAAUCGCUAAUGUGACGAGCCGUACAGAACGACGGGGAAGACUGCUCUACGUUGGAAGGUCUGACUCCUCUGACAUGAUGAUGCAC